UGUGAGAGGAGAGAGGGCACAGACUUCCUAAAGGAGGACAAGCAACAGGUUAUUCUGAAGGAGUACUCUGUUAACACAGAGAACCUUGACAAGGAUGGUAAACAGAGCAAAUGGCUUCAUUUAUGUUUUCUGAUUUGUAAAACACUGCCCUGACACUUUGAUUUGUCUACACCAGACACAUCCGAUGGCAUUCUACCCUCUUCCCUCACCACUCUAUAUUGUAAUAGAAAACCCAUCUCACCUAUGAUGUCAAGACCAUCCUACAACUACACAGUGGAAUCCCCUGCCACCUUCUUCCUCAUGGGCAUUCCAGGUUUGCAGUCUUCCUAUCUUGGGCUGGCCGUCUCAUUUAGUGCCAUGUACAGCAUAGCCCUCUUGGGAAACAGCCUCAUCAUUACUGUGAUCUGCAUGGAUUCCACUCUACAAGAGCCCAUGUACUUCUUUCUCUGUGUUCUGGCUGCUGUGGACAUUGUCAUGGCUUCUUCUGUGGUACCUAAGAUGGUGAGCAUCUUCAGCUCAGGAGACAGCUCCAUCAGCUUUAAUGCCUGUUUCGCUCAGAUGUACUUUGUCCAUGCAGCCACCGCUGUGGAGACAGGGCUGCUCCUGGCCAUGGCUUUUGAUCGCUAUGUGGCCAUCUGCAAGCCCCUACACUACAGAAGAAUCCUCAGACCUAAACUGAUGCUGGGGUUAUGUGUGACCAUCAUCAGCAGAGCUGUCCUUUCCAUGACUCCACUGAGCUGGAUGUUGAGUCAUUUGCCUUUCUGUGGCUCCAAUGUAGUUCCCCAUUCCUACUGUGAACACAUGGCUGUGGCCAAGUUAGUAUGUGCAGACCCCACGCCCACCAGUUUGUACAGCUUGAUUUGUUCCUCUAUCAUUGUGGGGUCCGAUACGGCCUUCAUUGCUGCCUCCUAUACUUUGAUUCUCAGGGCAGUAUUUAGCCUGUCCUCAAAGAACGCACAGCGGAAGGCGUUAAGCACAUGCGGCUCUCAUGUGGGAGUGAUGUGUCUUUUCUAUCUCCCCGGGAUGGCAUCCAUAUAUAUAACCUGGUUGUGGCAGGAUGUAGUUCCCCUGCACACCCAAGUGUUGUUAGCUGACUUGUACCUCAUCGUCCCACCCACCCUAAACCCUGUCAUUUAUGGUAUUAGGACCAAGCAGAUCCGGGAGCGAAUGCGGAUGUUGAUGAUGUGCAGCUUUAGAAAAGGUUUGUUAACAUAGAACUCUUUACAUUUAGUCCCCUAGACAAGGGCACAGGUUUUAAAGAUGUAUGGAGCAAGACUGUUUCACUUGUCAGUGCAGAGUCCAAGAUGAAGUU